ACUUAUUUUUUCCACUCCUCCUCUAAAAGCAUAUAUCUUGUUGAAAGGUCCACCCCUUUUGUGGUCAUUCACAUCAUGGCGGAGGGUAACUUGGAACAGACCAUGGACACAGACUUGAGGAUAAAGAACGACCACGAGUUGUUCCUCGAGGCAUACGAGAAACCAACCCAGAUAUAUCGAUUCCUAAGAUCAAGACACUUGCUAGAGCCUAUUUUUUUACAACGGAAUCUCUCCUACAUGAAGAGAUCAAGGACCAAACCUAAAAGAAGAAACAUGCUCAAGUUGAAUGAUCUUGCCAAGCAGACAAAGGAAGUAAAGAAAGACAUAGCAGAAGAGAUAAAGAGUGAUAACCAGCUCAAAAUAACCUUUCAAGCAUUGGAUUGUAGCACAAGUUCAUCAACAAUAGAAGGAGAGCAUAAGCCUAUGUCUUUUGACAAGAGGCCAAUGGGAGUUGAAGUCAUGCUUUAUAAAUUCAAGCAACCCUCGCCUGAGAUUUUACUUACAACACCUUGUUCUUUACCCUGUGACUGCAUAUCAUUGGGGAAAUGUGUCAUACCCGGUACAGGGACAAGAGCAUCUUCUGCAGCAUCUUCUUCCAACAGGAACUCCAUUACAGUCCCAGGCAGUGUUCUCUCCUGGAGAGAGAUAGAUCAUGGACCUGUUGGCACUCAUGUCUUGGCUUUUAGGAUCGUCCCUUUGACAAAUGAUGAUAAUCUCGUGUCCUCUUUGGAUAAGAAAAAAUCAAGAAAGAGACCCUUGAACACUGGUCUGUCUUCAGGCAUUGAUUCACAUGACAGUGUUACUCCCUCCAUUAAUGGCUGCAUCCAUAUUGAAGAGAAUGAGCAGCAGUCAGUCCCGAGGGAAGAGAUUAAAGACAAGAUUCUCAAUAAGAAAGUCCCUGGUGGGACAACCCUUCCAUCACUUACAGCAACGACCCGUGAUAGCAACCUUGUCAUAUCAAUAUCAAGGAACCCUAAUGAAGCCACUGAUUCUUCUCCAACUGCUCCUCCUAAAACUAAUGGUAGCAGCUGUAGGAUAAGACGUAAUGAGCUACAGCUUUUAGUUGACAAUAGUACUAAUAGUUUGACCUCUUCCAGCUGCUUGCCUUCUUCACUUCAACCUGUUGAGAAUGAGACCUGCUCACGUAAGAGACCUCACUCUGAGACCUCACCCUCUCCUCUCAAUCCUUCAAAGAAACACUGCACCUCCUCCUCCAUUGACAAUGACAUCCCCUCUCCUGCUGGAGACCUUCCUCCUUUAUCCUCCUCCUCCUCCAUUUUGAAAGAGGAGGAGGAGGAUAAGUAUUAUGCCGAGCUGGUUGCUUUUGAUUCAAGAAAGGAAUGUCUUCUUUAUGAUGGUGAGUAUCAGCUUCAUUUGACAAAACUGACUCCUAAAAGGAAGCUACCAACAGAACUGAGAGUAAAUGGUAUGAAACCUUCAACUCUUUUCAAAUGGGGCAGUGGCAUUGAGCCUGCCAACAAGUCAUACACAGAGUCAGUAAAAGAGACUGUGUCACUAAAGUUGUCUAUUGAAUGGAACCGUGGCCCUCCUGUCCCUAGAAUUGAAGAGAUCAGUAACACUGCACUUGACUUUGCUAAACUAAGAGAAAAUUAUGAUGAACUCAUCCAAUCAAUAUCAAAAAGAACUCAAUCUGCAGCAGUUCAGCAACAGAAGUCGGCUGAUCGAAAAACGACUCCAACUGCUUUCAAUUUUCUAUAUAAUAAGAACACCUUGCAGCAAACUGAGCUGAAAACAGACUGUGUGUGCCCAUGGUGCAGUCUGAACUGUGGGGAAUUAUACUCUCUUCUUAAGCACAUGUCACUUUGUCAUCCAAGAUUCCUUUUCACUUACACACCCAUUGAAGGAGGUGCCAGUAUUGAUGUAAGGAUCAACAAGAUGUAUGACUCACCUGAUUCAUUAGACCUCUCAGAGAAAGAUGACUCCAUUCUUACGAGAAAGAAAAGACCAACAAAGUGUGAGCCAUUCACAAGACUCCUGGUCAAAAGCAGAGGUUCUAAAGGAAGAGCAACACAUGACUUGAAAGAAUUCAUGGCUAAAAGACAGUUUGUGAAGACGGAGCCAUCAAGAGUCUUUUACCACACACACACUUGUCUACCAAUGCUACUACAUGAGAUAGAUAGUGAUGAAGACCCAGUCCCUCAGUGGCUUAAGAUAACAUCAAACAAGAUGGUAGAUGAAUUUAUUGAUGUGAAUCAAGGAGAGAAACAGUUCAUGAAGAUUUGGAACACUUUUCAUGAUGGAUAACAUGACUGUGGCUGAUAAGCAGCUGCCUAGUUUCUGUCUCAAGUUUGCAUACAC